AUGUACCACGCCCUGGACCGAGCGAACCAGAGGGCCGUGCUGCAGGAGCAGCCGCACGUGUCCAACUUUAUCGCCGGCAAGACCUCCAAGAACGAUGGUCCCAGCUCUAGCGUCCCCGCCGCCGCCGCCGCCGCCGGUGGUGUUGGUGGUGGUGGCGGUGCUACUGGCGCUGCCGCCGCUGCCGACUCAAUGUCCGCUGCCUCUAGUGUUGCGUCUUCUUCCACUCUCACUGCUCAUGCUGACACGACGGCAGAGCCCUCUGCUGCUGCUGCUGCUGCUGCUGCUGAUGCUGCGGCGGCGGCGGCGGCGUCCGCGGCCACUCGGAUGGUGAUGGCCACACGUAGGGGAGGGGGGGGAGGGCAGCGGCCCGCGGGGGUGACCCAGGCGCAACACCGCAGCCUCGUGGCCCUGAAGGUACAGCGAGACAGGAGGCUGAAGGACCAGCAACGGCUCGCCACCGCAGGCGUAGCGAAGUCUGCGGCAGCGCCUUCAUCAUCUUCGUCGUCUGCUAGCGGUCUCGCGCGCGGCGGCGGCGGUGGCGGCGGGGGUGGCGGCGGCGGUUUGAGCCGAGUCCUGACAGAUGCUGGGGACGGCGGUGGCGGGGGCAUCUCCCUGUCGCGCAUCCCCGCUGCCAUGAGCGCCAGCGCGCCGUGCAGCCCUGCCACCAAGGCCUCCACCGCAACCACCGCUGCCGGUGGUGGCACUUGUUUCGGCCUUCGCUCUCCUGCCGGCAGCGGUAGCGGCGCCUCGCAGAUACCCUCGCCGCCGUCCUCAUCGUGUUCGGACGGGCUCCGGCGCGCGGCGCGGCUUGCCCUUCGGAAGAAGAACCUCAUGUCGCCUACGCUGAAGCGGCUGCUUCAGAACCCGUCGCAGCUGCAGACGGCGGCGCAUCGGGCAGGCGGAGACGAGACUCGGGAUGACGGGGCGUACGUCGGUUCCCCCGGCAGCGAGGAGUCGGAGCUGGGCAAGGAAGACUACGGCCGUGUUGGAGGUGCCGGCAGCGGUGGCCGGAUGACUCCCUCGGAUCUGCGCGGGUCGAUGAGCUGGACCUUGCCUUUCACCGCCAGGAGCGACAGCGUUGUCGGCGACGGCAGCGAUGCCUGCUUGAGCAGCUACUGCAGCAGCAGCAGUGGCAGCGACCACGAGGGGCAGGAACUGGACGGCGGCGGGACGACGAGGCUGAAACGAAUGAAACUGCCCAACCGGAAGCUCUUCCGGCCUGAGGUUGAGGAGGAGGAGGAGGAGGAGGAGGAGGAGGAGGAGGACGAACAGCUGAGGGCGCAGCAGCAAUCCCCGAAGCAGCAGCGGACAUCGGCGAUCGCCCUCGCCGCCGCCACCGCCUCCGCCGCUAGGUACGCCGCCCUCGAGAUGAAACCGCCGCCGCCCCGCGCGCCUACGGCGGCGAAAGCAUCAGCGGUGUCGGGCGGCGGCGGCCUCUCGUGGCCAUCGUUUUCCCCUCACGGCGGCGGCAGUAUAUCGGUCAGCUGCACCCCAACCAAGGGCAUCCUGUCGGGCGGGCCUGGCAAGGGGUUCGCGGCGACGGAGGGCAGCAGCACCGUGAAGCGCAGGGUGCGGUUUGAGAUGGAGGAAGCGGAACGCAUGGCGGCGGAGGAGGCCUGCCUGGCCUCGCCGUGCCGGUCGUCGUCCUCGCUGAGCCCUGGCUGGGGGGGUUCGAAGGCGGCGAGCGCCAGCGACGAGGGCGGUGGAGGAGGAGGAGAGCGGCGGGGGAAGUGGUCGGCGUGGCUUCGCCCGUUCGUGGUGUCGGCCUUGUCCGUGGCGGUGUCGGUAGGCGCGGUCGCUUUCCUAGGCUUCGAGGGUCAAGGCAAGGCGCCGGGCCCCGUACCCGACGGGUCGUAUUCGCCUGUUCGGCUCCUCCCGUGGUUGGAGGAGCAGCCGCAGGGUCUCUUUUGCCCGGUUGCAGCCGCCGUCGAGCCGGUGACGUCCGAGAGAAGGACUGACGGCGGUAACGUCGUCGGACCGGUGGAGGGAGAAGCUGCGGGAGUGCUUGCCGAGCGCGACGAGCUCGCAGAGGAGAUGGAGGAGGAAGGGGAGCAGGCCGCGGGUGCCGUUGUCGAAGAUGAGGUGGCUGUGGGCUCGAGCGGGAAGGUCGUUGAAGCUGGCACGGAGGAGCGCGAAGGAGCUUCCGCCGAUCCCGCCGCCGCGGUCCGGAGCAGCGCAACCGUAACCCGACCCAAGUACCGGUCCCCGGUUUCUCCCGCUCCCGCCCCCGCCCCCGCCCCCGCGCCUGCCUCGAUGUGGGGCUGGUUCGAAGUUGGAGCGGCCGUAUUCGGUGCGCUGGCGCUCCUGGCCGCCGUAGCGUGGCGGGGCUUGGGCGGGGGUGGUGUGGAGGACUGCGGGGAGUUCGACGGAGGCGGAGGCGAAGCGCCUGCCACCCCGACCCACGGGGGUGACGGCGGGGGUGAGACGCUCGGUCGUUACCAGACGGUGGAGCUGGUCAAAAAGGGGGACACGCCGGCGACGCUGCGGUCGGUGAAGAGGUCGUACAGAAUCGGUUCCUCUCAGGCUUCUCCCAGGUCAGGUACGGUGAUCAUGGACCUCGGGCCUGCGGCGCUUCACAUGUCCAGCAUGUGAGGGGGGACCGGCGGCCCGUCUAGGACAUGCUACCUAUGUAUAGCAUCAACAGAGGAGGGGGGGACGGGGGGGGGGGUACUCACAGCCGUGCAUGCCGUAGUNGGGGGGGGGGGGGGGGGGGGGGGGGGGGGGGGGGGGGGGGGGGGGGGGGGGGGGGGGGGGGGGGGGGGGGGGGUACUCACAGCCGUGCAUGCCGUAGUGGUUAGACCGUUGACCUUGCGUUCAAAAUGACAGAAGGGUUCGGUGGCGGAGCGGUCUAUCGCUUCUGGCGGGGUGGCGUUGUCGUGUGCAGGCGAUGGCUGUGGCCUCCCAGAACCGACGGAUUUUUCGAUUUGUCGGAAAGGUCAUUCGGCAGAGCCAUGGGUGUGAUUUUCUCUGGGUCCGAGAAGUCUAGGGGUGUGUGUAGGGCUCGUUGGACAAGAUUGAGAAGGGGGGAAGGAGCUGAACAAUUGGAUAAAGUGGACUUUUUGGAGGCAAGACAAGCUUGUUGUGGAUUCGUGAAGGACGAAAGACAAGUCGUAAGCUUUGGUUCGGCGCUCAAGUAUAAUGAUGCCACUUUCAUGAAGGCGGCGUGUUUGUUCGGGCAACUCCCGCCAACGACCACGGCAUAAGAGAUUUCGGCCAUUGUCACUCGCAUGGCGGGAGGGGAUGAGUUAGGUUCAGACUAGAUCGCAGGCAAGGGAACGUAAGGGUUUCGUAGCGUAUUGUUGGGGGAAGUUUUCUGUUUCGGGCGUGGCAUGUCUGCUGAUGGGAACGCGAGCAGGUUCCACUGAUUUGGUCACCCUUUUGUUCGCUGUAAAUGCAUUGUAUGCUUUCCGUGCCAUUUUCGAGUAGUUUUCCCGAGGGGUGUUGUUUAUGACCAUUGCCAGUCAUUGCUUUUUGGGGAAUACCGCACCGUGAUUCGUGUUUUAGGUGGAAAGCCGCUCUGAAAUUUGGAUGGCAAUAGUGGGCUUGGAGGUAAUCUAGAUAUUCCUCGGCGUUACCACGUUCUUCUGUAGAGAGGUUGUGCUAAGUGAGCUCUUUUUUGCGUAUUCUCUUGUCAACCGUAUGGUUCAGAUUUCAGACGAUAUUCUAGAAGUAGAAUGUGAGCGAUGGUUUUUGGCUUGUGUUCUGGUGUUCUCUGAAGGAUGACAUUUUUUAAUUGCGGAGCAUGCUGCAUUGUUCCUGUUCCCAAACGGGUGCGGGGGCAGUCUGCAUGUGGAUCACCGUGAUUGUCUUCACACGUGUUCUGUGCAAUAUUUUUCAGGGUGAUGAGAUGAUUGAAAAGUCAAGGAUUUUCGCAGGAGAUCGACAGCUCGUCCUUGGUUUGUUCUAAAUAGGGCGCCCCCGUUGUCGUUUCUGUUUCGUCGGAAAAGUUUGUGGGGCGAAAUGUCUGCCUCAUUUAGAGGCGCCACUUGAUGAACUUGCUGUGGCCGGCCACCGCUCUGGAAGUUGGCUGUUAUCGUAUUCAGAGCCUAAUGCUUUGGAAUAUCCUGGCGAAAACCUACGAAGUAUUGCCCGAUGACUGUAGUUGAAGCUGUUGAUAAUUCCCAUAGGAAACAGGCGCCGCAAAUUUACUCCAUUUCUUGAUAUCUUCGUUGCUGCAUUCCACGCUUGUUUAGUGCACGGGUACAAGGCACAGGGAUGGGUGUAUACGGUUUUCAUUGGCAGGAUGUAUGUUGUUUGUAUCGAAAUUUGUUCUAGGUCGAUCAUGGCUCUAAUAAGACAUGAUCGGCAAGGGGUUUGUUUUUCGUUCGAGAGGAUGACAUGGAUUUCGGCGAUGUACGUGUGAGCGAUAAUGAGCCUCUCGCAAUCGCGUUUCGUUUUGGCGGAAGCACGCCAGCGGAACAUCGGCGGGGUUGAAUUGAAGUAAAUAUAUUGGGGCGAUGAUGCGUAAAGCUGCCGUCAUGCAACGGCGGGUCGUGUCUGGCGAUCCCCUUUUCUAAAAUGUUCACGUCGCUUGGCGUCGGCCGUGCUGUUCGCUUGAUAAAUGUACUGAUUGUCUACUCGGCACAACGUGUUUUUUUCAUAUUUAUAUCACGUGCUGUUGCACGCAACUCCCUGUGAUUUGAUUUUUUCAUUUCCAUACGAGCCACAAGAGAGGACACUGAACCGUACAUUCGUUCACGCCGAGCUCCCGUGGGUCGCAAGAGUUCCUAGAAGUCAGCGAGCGACAUGCAUGGCCCAUCAUUUCUUUCGAGCGUAUCACAUCUGCGUGGUGUUCGUUUGGGCAGCAAGGUGUCAUGUGCUAUCUACAUUUUGGAUAUAUCAUGUGGAGACGUCCAAUACGAUUGUAGGUAUCUUAUGAUUCGCGAAUGAUGUCACGACUACAGCAGAUGGACCUCAUUACACAAACAACGCAAAUCAAUGACAACAUCAAGACGACGCCUUUGCUUUAACACGAUCGCGGAUUGGAAAUGCACUCAGUAGCAAAAUCCUGCGAGGUUCACUCCGAGAUGUCCGACGAGGCUUUGGUACACGGGCAGUGUGCGUGUCAACCCUAUCCUUUUGGUGUAGCCCGGACUGGGGCCCUUCAGCAACAACUCUUUUUCACCACAGUGUAGUUUCAGCACAUAUCCAAGUGACUGACAAUACAACGCGGAACUAACAGGUGCGCGAUACCUGAUGAAUUACGUCGUGCAUAUCGUCUGAGAUACCCUUGAUAAGUUGGCAAGCCGUGGCUCUCGAUGUUACUCGAGAUAAUUGGCAACGCGAGUGGGUGAAGAGCACAAGUAGGAGGACUUCUCGUGCUGUGCAGAGACCUGAAGAUACGUUGAAUGCUGGUGCUUAGGUGGCGAACACACACAUAUAGAUCCACAGAGAACGCAGAAGUCCAGACGACGGCAGUUCCUAGAGAUGACCAGGAAUGCUAAGAGCCACGACUAUCCAGAGAAUAAGUCCGAGAGAUUCAUGCGAGAGUGAGAGACACGCGAUCCCUCGAGCAGAGAAUGCUACAGCAGUAAUUCCUCCGCCUACAGAUGUGUUACGUAUGAAUCGGAACAUACAGUACCUUCGAUGCACGUGUUAGGAUAAUCCGAACUGGGGGUAGCUUGUCGCAAGACGUGUGUUGAAUAGGGUAUCGGCAACUCGGCGGGCUUGCGCCGAGGAGAAAAACUUGUUGUGAUUAGUUGCAUCCACAUACACACACAAGCCCCGUUGAGAGGGCGACGCCGUAUGCAACAGGGGUACCUUGUACAUCCAUCCCUGGAAUCCCUUCUACGUACCACACAUGUCACCCGGUAUUCCGCUCUACCUCAUUCCAUGGGAACAUCCAGCACCAACAACAUGCCAUUGCUACAAGUAUAUCUAUCAGCCCCCCUGCUUGUGACUAUGCCAUGUCUUCAUCAUCUUUCAGAAGCUCCAAAACACGAGAAAAUAAUCCAAAACACAACUCAAAUCUGCAACAAUAGCCUUCUGGGCUAGAAAUAUAUUUCCAUCCCCGAUCAUUCCAGUUGUAGUUCUUCGAUAUUCAUAGCGAUCCAAUUGACCCCAUCCUAGAACACCAUUCAUUGAGAAGACCAUAGGCAAUAAUGCAAA